AUGCGUAGACUGUGCGCAGUUCUUGCGGUGAUCCAGCUGCACUUCGCCGCGUUGGGGGUGUCUGUGCCUGUACCUGACGCGGGGCCACACGUGAACUCCGGCUGGGAUCAGACCAUAAGGUUCAUGCACCUGUACACCACUCAGGCCAAAGGCGGUUCUCUCAGUUAUCACCUCCAAAUUAAUGACGAUGGUACUGUGGACGGCAGUCGCGGACAGAGCGUGCACAGUCUUCUGGAGAUGAGGUCGGUUGCUCCCGGCGUGGUGGCGAUCAAAGGCUAUCGCAGCGGCCGCUACCUGUGCAUGGAGAGGAACGGGAGACUGCACGGCUUGCUGUCCUACAACGAAGGAGACUGUUCAUUCGAAGAGCGCUUGCUGUCGGGCACCUAUAACGUGUACUGGUCGCAGAAGUACGGAGCUGCCGUGUCCCUGAGCACCAGGAGACAUCGUGGCCACGUUCGUGGGAGGACGUUGCCCCCGCUCUCUCAGUUCUUGCCCAUAUGGAGCACGCCUCCUCUCCCACUGGACUCCGACGACGAAUCUUGGCGAAUUCCCAAACACUGUUCUUCGUGUAUUCACGAAGACAACGCCAACAGUAUGGACCCCCUUGAUUUCACGUAUGAAGCCACGGAGCACUCGUCAGCUGGCGAAGACAUGAUACCUUCCUGA